GAGAGGCGGAGGGGGAAGGGCUUACCGCUUUCAUUUAAGCUUAGAAAUAAGCAGAAGUGAGAAGUUCAGUCGACGUGUGCUCGAAAAGGGAUUCAUUUGUUUGUAGGAGUCACACAGACGGGACUGAAAGUAUAGAUAAGGUGAGGGACCGCAUGCAACCAUGGCCCCUUGGACGAGGACCACUGCAGAGCGGUAUGGUGUAGUUAAGUGGAAUUUUGCGGGACAAGGAGACAAGCAACUUUCCUUGGAGGUGGGAGAUACUGUUCACAUCCAGGAAGUCUGUGAUGGAUGGUACCGUGGCUACUUGGCUCGGAACAAAGCUCUACAUGGAGUGUUCCCUGCCAGCUUUGUUCAUCUUAAAGACAUCGUCGUUAAAAUACGAGGAAAUGAGGAGGUGGUGAUGUCGGCAGAGAUGCCCCUGGUGAAGGAGGUGACCACCACGCUGAGGGAGUGGGGGAGCAUAUGGAAGCAGCUCUUUGUGGCAAAUAAAGAGCUACGUGUGAGGCAGGUCCAGAGACUGAUGUGGGAGUUAAUGGAGUGGCGUUCCCAGCUCCUGUCGGGCACUCUGCCCACUGACGAAUUCAAGGAGCUCAAGCAGAAAGUCACCUCCAAGAUUGACUAUGGCAACAAGAUCCUCGAGCUGGACCAGGUUGUCCGUGAUGAUGAUGGGAACAUCUUGGACCCCGAGCAGGCCAGUGUCAUCAGUCUGUUCCGGGCCCACGAGGAGGCCACAGCCAAGAUCAAUGAGCGCAUCAAAGAGGAGCAGUCCAACAUCCAGACAGAUCACAGUGGGAUCUCAGCACGGAUCCAGUCUUCUCCCACCCACAGCCUCUACGUGUUUGUCAGGAACUUUGUCUGUCGCAUUGGAGAAGACUCGGAUCUCUUCAUGUCCCUCUAUGACCCCAUCAAACAGACCAUCAUCAGUGAGAAUUACCUGGUACGCUGGGGCAGCAAAGGAUUCCCCAAGGAAAUCGAUAUGCUCAACAAUCUGAAAGUUGUCUUUACAGACUUGGGAAACAAGGAUCUGAGCAGAGAGAAGAUUUAUCUGAUCUGUCAGAUCGUGAGAGUGGGCAAGAUGGACCUGAAGGAGUCACACAAGAAGUGCACUCAGGGUCUGAGGCGUCCGUUUGGCGUGGCAGUGAUGGACAUCAGUGAUCUCAUCAAGGGGAAGAUUGAGUGCGAUGAGGAGAAGCAGUUUUUCAUCCCCUUCUUUCCCGUGGUUGCGGAGCACGACUACCUUCACACCUUGCUGAACAAAGUGACUGCGUCGCGAGGAGACAGUGGCGGCCAAGGUCUGUGGGUGACCAUGAAGCCUCUGGUCGGGGACAUAGUUCAGAUCCGUAAGGAGUACCCUCACCUGGUGGACCGCAGCACCGUGGUGGCUCGCAAGCUCGGCUUCCCCGAGAUCAUCAUGCCGGGAGAUGUUCGCAAUGACAUCUAUCUCACCUUACAGGGCGGCGACUUCGACAAGUACAACAAGACCACUCAGAAGAACGUGGAAGUCAUCAUGUGGGUCUGCGACGAGGAGGGCAAGGUCAUACAGAACUCCAUCUGUCUGGGAGCAGGGGAUAAGGCGGUCAGUGAGUACAGAUCUGUCAUCUACUACCAAAUCAAGCAGCCGCGCUGGAUGGAAACCUUUAAGGUGGCAGUCCCUCUGGAAGAAAUGCAUAAAAUUCAUUUGCGCUUCAUGUUCAGACACCGCUCUUCCCAGGAGUCCAAGGACAAGAGUGAGAAGAACUUUGCCAUGGCCUUUGUGCGCCUGAUGAAGGAAGAUGGCACAGUUCUACAGGACGGGAUGCAUGACCUUGUCGUAUUCAAGGGUGACAGCAAGCGCAUGGAAGAUGUCGGCUCCUACUUGUCAAUGCCCUCGACCCGCCACCAUCACGGUGACAGCCAUAAGAUGGCAGCACUGAGCCGCAGCUCCAGCAGCGUGUCAGGGAGUGGAGGAGGCCUGUCAGUCAGCUCCAGAGACAGCUUCUGUAUCUCCACACUGGUCUGCUCCACCAAACUCACACAGAAUGUGGGUCUACUGGGCCUGCUUAAGUGGAGGAUUCGGCCUGAACUCCUCAGAGAAAACCUGGAGAACCUCAAAUUCAUCGAUGGAGAAGAGGUGGUCAAGUUUCUGCAAGACACUCUCGAUGCCUUGUUCAACAUCAUGAUGGAGCAUUCUCAGACCGAUGACUAUGACAUUCUGGUGUUUGAUGCCUUGAUAUACAUCAUCGGUCUGAUUGCCGACAGAAAGUUCCAGCACUUCAACACAGUGUUGGAAGCUUACAUCAAGCAGCAUUUUAGCGCCACACUGGCUUACAAAAAGCUGAUGUCGGUGUUGAAGAGGUAUCUGGAUGUGUCCAGUCGAGGGGAACAGUGUGAGCCCAUCCUCCGGACCCUCAAAGCCCUUGAGUACAUCUUCAAGUUCAUCGUCCGCUCGCGCAUGCUCUACUCCCAGCUGUACGAGGGGAAAGAGCAGGCAGAGUUUGAGGAGUCGCUGAGGAGGCUUUUUGAGUCCAUCAACAACCUCAUGAGAACUGACUACACCACCACUCUGCUGCUCAGGGUCGCAGCUCUGAAGUAUCUGCCAACCGUCCUGCAUGAUGUCGAGAAAGUGUUUGAUGCAAAGCUCCUCAGUCAGCUGCUGCAUGACUUUUACUCCUGCAUCCCCCCUGAGAAACUGCACAAACAGAAGGUGACCUCCAUGACCGAAAUUGUGAGCAGCCAACUCUUUCAGAGACAAGAGUGCCGUGAUGUGCUGUUACCCAUGAUGCUGCGGGAGUUGAGUGGGGCGCUGGUCAGUAUGGCCGACGGCCCUCAUGACGAGAGGAGAAAUAGUCUGGAACUGCUGAACAACAUUCUGGAAGUCCUCAGCCGGCACAAUGUGGGGGAAACGUUUCAGCACAUCCAGGACAUUGUUGUGUCUCUGCUGAGGAUCAUAAACCAGACCGUCAUCACAAUGGGCCGUGAACAUGCUCUCAUUUCCAGGGUGGUCGCCUGCAUGACAGCUAUCCUCAGUCAGAUGGAUGAUCGUCAUUAUGCUACAUACAUAGAAACCUUCAGUGGAACCACUGAUCUAGUGGACUUCCUGAUGGAGUCCUUCCUACUUUUCAAGGACUUGAUUGGCAAGCAUGUAUAUCCCUCUGACUGGAUGGCCAUGAUCAUGGUACAGAACAGGGUGUUCCUCAGAGCCAUCAACACUUACGCCGACACCAUGAACCAAAAGUUCCUCAACAACGAUGACUUUGAAGUACAGUUGUGGAAUAACUAUUUCCACUUAGCAGUGGCGUUUAUUACCCAGGAGUCUCUGCAGCUUCAGCAUUUCUCACCAACCAAGAGGAACAAGAUUCUUGCCAAAUAUGGAGAUAUGCGCAGACUCAUUGGUUUUGCCAUACGUGACAUGUGGUACAAACUCGGCAGUCAUAAGAUCUGUUUCAUCCCCGGCAUGGUGGGUCCCAUCCUGGAGAUGACUUUAAUCCCGGAGGAGGAGUUGAGAAGGGCCACCAUUCCCAUCUUCUUUGACAUGAUCACCUGUGAACACUCACACUCUGGAAACUUCCACAAGUUUGAGAAUGAAAUAAUUCUGAAGCUGGAUCAUGAAGUGGAAGGUGGAGGAGGCGAUGAGCGAUAUAUGCAGCUGCUCGAGACCAUCCUCCUGGACUGUUCUGCAGAGAAACCCUCACUGAGGCCACAGGUGCAGCACUUCGUCACCUUGGUGAAAGGACUCCUGACGAGACUCCUCGACUACCGCACCGUGAUGAGCGACGACAGCCGCAACAACCGCAUGAGCUGCACCGUCAAUCUACUGAACUUUUACAAGGACAUCAAUCGUGAGGGGAUGUAUAUCAGGUACCUUUACAAGUUGAGAGACCUUCACUUGGAGGGUGAAAACUACACAGAGGCAUCAUACACACUGUUGCUACACUCUCGUCUGCUAAAGUGGUCAGAUGAGAUGUGUAGCCCUCAGUUUGAGUUCCACGGCUCCCAAACCCAGCGGCAGCUCAAAGAAACACUUUACGACACCAUCAUCAACUACUUUGACAAGGGCAAGAUGUGGGAAGAGGCCAUCACUCUGUGUAAGGAACUAGCGGAACAGUAUGAAAAUGAGAUCUUUGACUACGAGUUACUCAGCAAAAGACUGGAGAAACAAGCCAAGUUCUAUGAGAACAUUAUGAAGAUUCUGAGGCCUAAGCCAGACUACUUUGCGGUGGGCUACUAUGGACAGGGUUAUCCUCCUUUCCUCCGGAACAAGGUGUUUAUCCACCGCGGUAAGGAGUACGAGCGCAGAGAAGACUUCCAGAACCAGCUGAUGAGCCAGUUCCCCAGUGCCGUGCGCCUCAACACCACCACUAUGCCGGCAGAUGAUAUCAGAAACUCUCCACUUCAGUAUAUCCAGUGUUUCACAGUGAGGCCAGUCCUUGAGAUCCCUCCUCGCCUGAAGAACAAACCUGUCCCUGACCAGAUUAUCAACUUCUACAAGUCCAACUACGUGCAGCGCUUUCAGUAUUCCAGACCUGUGAGGAAAGGACCUGUGGACCCAAACAAUGAGUUUGCUUCUAUGUGGAUUGAACGCACGACCUUCACCACCGUCUAUAAACUGCCCGGGAUCCUGCGCUGGUUUGAAGCAACUGAUGUCAAACAUACUACCUUAUCUCCACUGGAGAAUGCUAUAGAGACUAUGGAGUUUGCCAAUGAGAAGAUUCUGACCAUGAUAAACCAAUAUCAGGCAGACUGGAGCCUUCCCAUCAACCCCCUGUCUAUGCUGCUCAAUGGCAUUGUGGACCCGGCUGUUAUGGGCGGCUUUGCCAAGUAUGAAAAGGCAUUCUUCACUGAAGAGUACACUCAGGAGCAUCCAGAAGACAGAGAGAAACUGCUGCGCCUCAAAGACCUCAUCGCGUGGCAGAUCCCGUUACUAGGCGGAGGCAUCUUCCUCCACGAGAAGAGAGUGACCGACGACCUGCGUCCGUUCCACGAGCGCAUGGAGGAGUGUUUCAAACAGCUGAAGAAGAAAGUAGAGAAGGAGUACGGAGUGAGAGAGUUGCCGGAAUUGGAUGAGAGGAAGUCCACUCGUCCUCGCUCCAUGCUGCGCUCCUUUCGACAGUCUAUCAUCUCAAUCUCCUCGCUGCAAGGAUCUGAGUGUGGGACUCCGACCAAGCUUCAUCCAGACAGGGACCAUCCACCCGAGUCCCCGAACAACUGGACCUCCACCCUGUCGCGCUCCAGUGGCAGCGUGAGUGUAAGUUCAGUGGAGGAGGGGGUGGUGACGGUGGGUGACGCCGAGGUCAAACUGAGGAAGAGUAAGAAGAAGAAGAAGAGGAGCAGCAUGAUCUUCAUCACGGAGGAGAGAGAGCGGACGAGUACUCUGGAUUGCAAACGGCUGUCCAAGAAACAGGAGUUCCGCAGUGACACCAACUUGUCCGAGCCAAAUGAAGGCAGUAUUUCGUUGACCAGCGCCAACUCCAGAUCCCUGCCUGCCAUCACAGGUCUGUCCUUGGCAGUGGUGGGGGGCACAGAGGAGGUGGACAGUGUCCGAGCCAGGAGGGACAGUAAGAGCAUGUCCGUCUGUCUGACCUCUGACCGAACGGCAGACAGACGCUCCAGGGGAGUCAUCAACCUUCUCUUCAAGUCCAAGAGCUCCAAAUCAGAGGAUGUGAAGCCCACGGAUCCAGCCAAAGACAGCAACAGUCAUUUCUGAAACCAUUUCUUUUCUCGUUGUUUAAUGCGUUGGCGUUAUAAACCUAUUCACAGAAACCUGCAGCCAAACACAAAACUAUGCUCAUUCGAUCCGCCUGUCAGUCUCAGCAUUGCUGUUGCCUUAUUAGAAUAGAUUUUACCCGUUCAAUAAAAGCUUCUCUUUUUUUUGGAGUGACCUUUUCCUCUAUGAUUCGCAGGGAAGUUUAACGCCAUUAUAGCAGCUUUUCAGUCCAUUCUGCUUCUGAGCGAGCACAAACCAUUUUGCCAACAUGCUUGAUUAUUAGCUGCUUAUUAUAUACGGUUUUCUUCACUGUUGACUCAAGGUAAUAGGAGUGUAAUAAUUUCAUACAGCACAAAGGUUACCGCGUCCUCCCAAAGGCUUUUAAACCGAGAACUCGCCGCCAAAAAAGCUUUGGCACAAACAAGAAAGUCUAAUAUAUUCGAGCAUAAUGAAGUGUAACAAACUGCCGAGUGCAAAAUUACAACAGAACACAUUUUCUCCCGCCUCGGAGUGAUUACACAGAAGUUUGAUUGUGUUUACUGCACAGGGUCAGCCCACUGUUUUUUUUCUUUCCUUAACUAACGCAGCCAAAAAUAUUAGUUUGGCAUAUUGUGAAAUGGCAACAUUACUUUUUUAGCAUAAAGGCGGCGUCAUGAGUUUUUAUGUUGUUUGAAUGUUAUCCAGAGCCAGUCUAGUUGUUCCGACGUCAUCCUUUUCCAGGUUUCAUGAUUCAAAUGUCGUGCCGCUGUACAUGUAUGUAUAAUAACAUAUAAAAAGGUCAUUUGGUGAAUCGAUA